AUCGUCGACCCUAUUAGGCGGUUGGUGUGGACAACAAGCAGUGAAAACAAAGAAGCAGCAGCAAAUGAUCUCAUUGAGUAUUUUAAAGUAAUGGAACCAGAGCUUGGAGACAAACCCUAUAUCGAAGGAGAGACCUUUGGCUUUGUUGAUGUUGCACUU